AUGAGUAGCUCCAAAAUGGCCAGCUCUUCAGAGGAAGAUAUCGGUAUCACUGACCUGGGAACUGGCUCUGUUCAUGAAACUGCAUUGAAGAUAGGAUCUUUAAACGUAGAAAACUCUACCGAGCACAAACCAACCGCGCCGAGACAAGAGAUCACGUAUAUCCAAGGAUGGAGGUUCCAUCUUCUAAGUUUUGCGAUUGGGUUGUGUGUAUUUCUGGUAAAUAUGGAAGUCUCCAUUGUGAGCACUUCACUCGUAUCCAUGACAAACGAGUUUCACGGUUUCGAUGAAUCCACUUGGGUUAUAACGGCAUAUCUCGCCACUUACACAGGAUUUCUGAUCAUAUGGGGAAGACUCAGUGAUGUGUUUGGUCGAAAAUGGACCUAUGUUGCAACAAACUUCAUAUUCCUUGCCUUUUCAGCUGGCUGUGGAGCGGCCCAAUCUAUGUUACAAUUGAUUAUCUGUCGUGCAUUCCAAGGCUUGGGUGCCUCUGGUGCAUUUUCUGUCUCCUUGACAAUCUUCUACGAAUUUAUCCCACCACCAAAGUACCCAUUGUACGGGAGCUUUAUAUCCUUGCUAAGUACUGUUGGUGCUCUUGUUGGUCCCUUAGUAGGUGGUGCAAUUGAUACCACUUCUACGUGGAGAUGGGUAUUCUUUUUGAAUGUCUUUGGAACAACGAUCAUACUUGGAUUGGUUAUCUUUUUGCUACCUGGAAAAUUCCCAUAUCACGGAUCAUCUGCAUCGUCAGCGAAUGUCCCCUGGCAAUCUUUGCUGAAAAGGGUUGAUUUCGUAGGCGCUUUCUUACUUUUAAGUGCUUCAGUCCUUGUCAUUACAGCAUUACUCGAGGUCUCCACGGUCUUCACAUGGUCUUCGGCUGCCACUGUAUGUCUCUUGACAAUAUCCGGUUUGAUUUGGGUAGGAUUUAUCGUGUGGGAGUGGUUUGUUGGAAGCAGCAAGGACAUUCAAGAACCAAUGUUCCCUCGAGUUUUACUUGAGAAUCGAACGUGGAUGGGAAUAGCUUUGACAUCCUUCCUCGUCGGUAUUCCAUCUCAAAUCAUUACCAUUGAAAUUCCCCAGAAAGCACAAGCCGUGUACGGAGACUCCCCUUGGCAAGCCGGAUAUCGACUAAUAGCUUACACCCUUGCUGUUCCUGUUGGCAGCAUUGUUGCAAAUACGAUCAUUGGCAAAACCAAAAUACCUCCUAUCUAUCUCCUCUUCUGCGGUACUGCCAUCCAAGUGCUUGGCGUUGGAUUGUUACUGACAGCCCCGGCCUCUGGAAUUGUUCCCGGGCAAAUUCAUUUUUUCGAGGCGCUUAUUGCUUUUGGAGUUGGCAGCUCUUUCGCCAUACUUCUGAUAUUAAAUCCGCAUUGCAUUGAGAGACAAUAUAUCGCCACUGCCUCUGGCGCAGUCGUCCAAUUCCGUAUGACAGGAAGUACACUCGGUCUAGCGUCCGUUACCACAGCCCUCAACAAUCAUCUAUCAGGCCAUCUCCCAAAGAUCCUCAAUGAUACUCAACUCAAAAGUGUUCUAUCAUCUACUUCUGCAAUAUCUUCUCUGGAAGAACCUUUGAAAGCUCAGGUACAAGAGGUGUUUGGACAGGGGUACGAUUUGCAAUUAAAGAUUCUGAUUGGAUUUACGGCGGCACAAUUCUUGACUUUGUUAUUGAUUUGGAAUUGGAAAAGGCCACAGAUGAGUAUACAUAAGACUGAGGGGCAUUAG